AGCAGUCUUCCUCUAAUGUAAUCUUCCCAUGCAGCACGGACAUCCACCAUAUAGGCCCAAAUUAGUACGCAGAUGUAGCACAGCAAUUUGCUCUGGUGCGUUUUCUUUUUCCUGAGGAGCUGAGCAGCAGUCAGUCUGAUGGGUAACGUACCCACUACAGUGAAGCACUGCCUGAGCUAUAAGCAAAUCAUCGAGGACUACCCUUGGCUCAGAAGCUGGCUACAGGAAGAGAAGAUAAUUUCUGAUCAUGAUUAUCCAGAGUUUGUCAAAAUUGUUGAAGUUGGGCCAAGAGAUGGACUUCAAAAUGAAAAGGAAAUUGUUCCAACAAGGGUGAAAAUCCAGCUGAUAGACAUGCUCUCAACAACAGGCCUGUCUGUGAUUGAGGCCACCAGCUUUGUCUCUUCAAAGUGGGUGCCGCAGAUGGCAGACCAUACCGAUGUCCUCCAAGGAAUCCAGAGAGUGCCUCAUGUGCGAUACCCUGUUUUGACUCCUAACAUGAAAGGUUUUCAGGAUGCCGUUGCAGCUGGUGCCACUGAAGUGGCUGUGUUCGGGUCCGCGUCUGAAACCUUCAGCAGGAAAAAUAUCAACUGUUCAAUCGCUGAAAGCAUGCUGCGGUUUGAGGAAGUCAUUAGGACUGCCAAAGAUCGACAAAUCCCUGUUCGUGGGUACGUUUCUUGUGCCCUCGGGUGCCCCCAUGAGAGACAUGUCGAGCCCUCAAAGGUUGCUGAGGUAGCAAAAAAGUUAUACGAAAUGGGCUGUUAUGAGAUUUCCUUGGGUGAUACUAUUGGUGUUGGUACGCCUGGCUCCAUGUUCAAGAUGUUGCAGGCGGUGAUGAAGGAUGUACCUGUCAAUGCUCUUGCAGUCCACUGCCAUGACACUUAUGGUCAAGCGCUUCCCAACAUCCUUACUGCUCUUCAGAUGGGAGUCUCUGUGGUGGACUCUGCAGUAGCAGGCCUCGGUGGUUGCCCCUAUGCACAGGGUUCAUCUGGCAACGUUUCAACAGAGGAUGUUCUUUACAUGCUCCAGGGCAUGGGCAUUGAAACUGGAGUGAACCUUGACAGAGUCAUAGAAGCUGGUGACUUUAUAUGCAACGCUUUAGAUCGCAGGUCAAGCUCCAAGGUUUCUCAGGCACGAAGCAGGACACUUUGAUGAUGCUAUACCAGUUUACACAACAGUUGCUUUUUAAUGUGUGUACCCUGUCUUUUUUUUUUUUUUUUUCAGGUCUGUUCUCUGAUUGUUUGUCUUUGAAUUUAUUGUUUCUUGGUUAUCAUCUAAAAACCUAAAUUUUUGUAUCUGCCUUUUUUCUCGAGAUUAAUAGCUUGUGGUUCAGUCUGACUGGUAGGAUCUUUAUGUUGUUCAGAAGCAGUCCAAGUUUUUACAUCAUCCUAGGUAAAGUUUGAUUUGGGGCACCACUUUGAAGCACCGCUAAACUCGCUUUUAAAUUAAACGUGUUUGGUCGUUUGUUAAUUCUGAAUUCAUCACAGCUAAUUUUAAAGCUAACCAGUGUGCCAACAACAAAUUCUUUGAAGUGAUAGUUCAAAAUAUUUGAAAUUAGUUUCUGUUGAAAUGUCCCAAGCCGUUCAUAUUUUGCUUGUAGUAAAUAUGUAUUUCAGACGUCUUAAUUUUUAUGAACAGACUGAAUGUGUUUCAAUGAAGUUAAGCUAAUUAAAGAUGAACCAAAAGCAAAGUGGACUUCUAGCAUCUUGCAGUCUAGCAACGGCAGUUUUAAAAGUGGUUUAUAAGAGAGGUAUUUUAUUAACUUUAAAGCCCUGUUAUGUUUUUCAACCUGGCUCGGAACAUUUACAGGACAGGUGUAUACAGAACUAGUAGCCGCAUACACCUAUUGAGCCAGCUCUGUUUUCUUUUUUUUUUUUUAUUGUGUAUUUAAAAAUCAAGAGCUGGACAUAUCUGGGUUUUUAAAUUGACCUGCAAAAUAAAUGAAGACAUUUCAAUUUAUGCAAUACAUUUUCAACUCAUAAUAGUUUUCUUUAACUCUCCAAAAGAGGGGUUUUCACUUUGAUUACUUUCCAACUCACUGGCCUUAUAAAGAAUCAAAAUAUGUCUGUGUUUUAUGGUACUCAGAUUGAUAUGAGUGCCUCCCAAAUACACAUUAAACCAAUAACCUCUUACGGCUGAAAUUUAUAUACAGUGAUAUAAAAAAAUUAUCUUUGCUCUCAAGCAUAUUCUAAAUUAAAUAUUGUUAAUUUAUAUCUGUUGUAGGUAUUGUUUAUUUGAAUAUAGCACAUAUGGUAUAUAUGUAUUGAAUUAUUCCUUAUGCAACUUAAUAAAAUUUGACAAAAUUAGGCUGAAGUCCAACCGCUGUAUGGUGGGAAAGUGCUUCCAAUUGCACUGAAUGUGUGUGUGGAAUAUUCGUCAACUGGCAUUAGUGGGGUACAUGUGGUACCAUUACUUGGAAGCAGUUUGUGGCAAUUCAUUUCUUCUACCUGCUCCUAUUCUGCAGUUACAACCUAAACUAGCCAAAGUUUUGCCAUCAAACUUGCUCACGAUGAUGGAAGCAGAGCUCCUAAUUGUUUUUGUAUUUAACCUUUUUGAAUCCUGGUUUAAAUGACUGUGAUCAUAAUAGAGGUUAAAGUUAAUUGUUGUUUAUUUUUGCCUCUUUCUGUCUUACCCACCACUACUGUAUUUGCAAAACGUGAUUAAAAUUUUUUAUUAAAAAGUA